UUUUUUCUUUACUUUUCUUUUUUUUUUUUUUGCUGAGUUUUGUGCAUACCAUAUGCAUGCGGGUUUCUUGUUUCUUCUUUUUAUACUCACAGCCCGAUUCCUUUGAAAAAAGUGUUCUUGAACAAGACUGGGCAUUACAAAUUCGGUUCAAGUUAUUGUAUACAAUGUGGGUUUUUUCGUGGGUUCUUGUUGGGGUUUACACGGGGAGUGGCUUUUGGGUUCUGUCAGUUGACUACUUAUUUUGCUAAAAUAUUUUGUUGUUUGAUGAUGUCACUAAUGAAAGCAAUCAAAGCAUCAACUAUAUUAACGGACUUGAUAUUCCAGUAUGCUAUGGGAGCUCAUCUAUUCUUUCAGCCUCAGCAAAACUAUAAAGAGAGAUGCUUCUUGUCUACCGUUUUGGUGGUUGAUUCAACUGAUACCGAGAUGCUGUUUUUCGUUGCAGGUCUUUCAAACUAAAGUUGCUAAAUUAAUUGCAUACCACGUGUUUGAUAUAUUUCCUGUUUCUUUAUUAGGUUUGGAACUUAAGGGCACUGGUGUAUUUUUCUGGUGAUCUGAAUCUAUAGCAUAUAAAUUGGUAUUUGGUACAGAAGAAAUAAUUAAAGAAACAGAGAAAGCAGAGUAAAGAAACAGAGUGAGAGUGAGAAAGAAAGAUAAAGAAAUAGAGGCGGUGGUGGGGGUGGAGUCAGAUUGGUGCUAAUGAGAGUGUUCUCUGUUUUGGGAAAUAAUUUAGUGUGGAGAGUCUGUUGGGUGUCUCCUGGGCUGACUAGGCUCGCCCGGAAUUUGUGGGCUUUGCUACCGACCAAGGGAACAACGUCUCUGAGGUUCUCUUCCCAUUGAAGCCACCAUUUGUUUAAACUGAAAUUUUGCACAAACCCCAUUUCUCCCUUUUUUUUUUAUCUCGAAAGUGCUCGGUUACUGUCAAGAUUCCGUCAUCCAAAGCAUAUAUACUUCCCUCUUUGAGGUCCCAUUCCUCCUUUUGAAGUUGAGAAAAUUGGCUAUAAUCAGAAAUUUGGUCCCCACACCUGGAAUCCUUUGAAGUUUGCCAUUUCCAAUUUUCCACGACUCCUUUCCUCGAUUUUAGUUUUGUCCGAUCAUUUGGGUUGUCUACAGUUCAAUCUGAGGCAGUAUAUAUUUCUGUGAUCAAUUGAGAAAUUUGAAGUAUAGUUUUGAAGUACCAGAAGAGAAAUACAGAUUGAGUUGCACCAAUGAAGUUUAUGAAACUCGGAUCCAAGCCCGAUUCCUUUCAGACAGAUUGGAACAAAGUUAGAUAUGUGGCUACUGAAUUGGCAGCGGACAUCGUGAUUCAUGUAGGGGAUGUGAAAUUUUAUCUGCAUAAGAAGUUGGUUUCUUCAUCGGAUGAAGGAAACAGUGAUGGAAUCUACAUUCAUGAUAUUCCAGGCAGUUCCAGUGCCUUCGAAAUAUGUGCCAAGUUCUGUUAUGGAAUGACAGUUACCCUAAAUGCUUACAAUGUUGUUGCUGCACGCUGUGCAGCAGAGUAUCUGGAAAUGCAUGAGACAAUUGAAAAAGGGAACCUCAUUUACAAGGUUGACGUUUUUCUCAACUCCAGCAUUUUCAGAAGCUGGAAGGACUCUAUAAUAGUUCUUCAGACUACAACGUCUCUAUUACCAUUGUCCGAGGAAUUGAAGUUAAUCAAACACUGUAUCGAUGCUAUUGCUUCGAAGGCCUCUGUUCAUGUUUCCAAAGUGGACUGGUCCUAUACCUAUAACAGAAAAAAGCUCCCUGAGGAAAAUGGGAAUGAUCAGGGCUGGAAUGGUGUCAGAAGCCGAAUGGUGCCAAAUGAUUGGUGGGUUGAGGACUUAUGUGAGCUUGAAAUAGAGUUUUAUAAGCAGGUUAUUAUUACCAUUAAAACCAAAGGGAUAAUAUCUAAUGAAGUGAUUGGAGAAGCUUUGAAAGCUUAUGCUUAUAGAAAGCUGCCAGGCUCUAGCAAGGGUGUUGUGAAAUAUAAUGAUUUUUCAAAGCUUUGCCCAAUAUUAGAUACCAUUCUGUAUCUUUUGCCUGCAGAAAAAGGCAGUGUCUCGUGUAGUUUCUUGCUGAAGUUGUUAAAAGCAGCCAUUUCUCUCAAUUCUGGAGAAGUGGUAAAAGAAGAAGUGGUAAAAAGAAUUGGGCAGCAAUUGGAGGAGGCUUCUGUGAAUGAUCUGUUAAUUCGAGCUUGUGAAGGGGAGCCAACUAUGUAUGAUGUCCAAAUAGUCCAGAAAAUACUUGAAGAAUUCAUGAUGCAAGAUCGAAAUGCAAAAACUGAAAUAGGUAAUGAGAACGAGAUUCAAGAAAUUAGAAGUCCGGGGAUCUUAUCAGAAGCUUCAAAGCUUAUGGUGGCAAAGCUAAUUGAUGGUUACCUUGGUGAGAUUGCAAAGGAUCCUAGUCUACCUUUGUCAGUGUUCAUUGGUAUCGCAGAGAUGGUUUCUAGCUUUUCUCGACCUGCACAUGAUGGCCUUUAUGGGGCAAUCGAUGUGUAUCUCAAGGUGCACCCUGGGAUCAGCAAGGGCGAAAGGAAGAGGAUAUGCCUGCUGUUUGACUGUAAGAAGCUCUCCGCAGAUGCAUGCAUGCAUGCGGUGCAGAACGAGAGACUUCCUUUACGUGUAGUCGUCCAGGUGCUAUUUUUCGAGCAAGUCCGAGCCGCUGCAUCUUCUGGCAGCAGCACUCCUGAUCUACCUAAAGCUAUUAAAGACCUCAAUUGUGCCUCCUAUAGGAGCUCAAGGUCAGCAACAACUAAUGCUGAUGAAGAUUGGGAUGCUGUGGCUUCUGCUGCAGAACUCAGAGCCUUGAGAGGGGAGGUGGCUGCCUUACGAGUGGGGAAUGGUGUAGUACAUGAGAGAAAUUAUGGAGAUAAUAAGUGUUAUUCUGACAAGGCUGCCAUUAGUAAAAUUAAAGGCCUAAAUAUGUCAAAAAAAAUAUUUUCCAAAAUCUGGUCGAGCAAAUCGGGACUGGCAACUGAGAAUAGUGGCUCUGAUUCUUCAGAAAGUCUUGGAUCUGCCAACCUCGAUGAAGCUAAGUCGACGCCCACGAGAAGAGGGAGGCAUUCUGUCUCCUAACAUAAAGAGUCCGGAGGAUGUAUUUUUGUGGUAAAUUACAUUGGCAGCAACUAUAUUUUCAUUCUAAUUCAAUCAGACAAUUUAUAUAGG